UGUUAACACGACGUGCCCGCGUCUCCACUCUUCACCUGGCAUCGGCUUCACCAGUAAAACCGCCGAGACACCGCCAGGGGGCACUGCUCUCGCCUUUUCAGACAAAACCCGAACCAACACGGGUCUUGGCCUCUCGUUUAACCAUCAGACCCACAAUACACGGUGCUUGCUUGGUAAAGACAGGGGUCUUACAAGCCUUAAUAUAUGAUGACGGAUGUUUUUUUGGCAAUAGUGGGCCCCGAAACAGGCUCGCCCAAGAAACGAAAUGCAUGCCGCGGCGUCUCUUAAAGUGGGCGGAAACAGAAAUGCGGCGCCAGAUAGUUCGGCUACACCUCAGACGUGUUUCGUUUGAGUCUGUCGGUUUUCUCUACGGCGGCCCUCCUUGCCAGGGACGCGAUAAAUAGAUCGAGUCCGUCCCGGCGCGGCUCGCGGCUCUCGCUCGGGUCACGCUGUCGCGUUCCUGCGCGUGUGCUUCCGGGUGCUGUCGGAGUCGGGGCAGCAGGGGAUCCAACCAGACAGACGGACGGACCCAGGAGCAGCAGCAGCAGCAGCGAGAGGAAAACUCGAGAAACCGAGGAGAGGAGCCAGCAACAGAGGGCUAGCUUUUCCUGUCCGCCGUUCCCUUGACUACAGCCGGAGAUGGCCAGCGCGGGCCCUACGGCCUCUGGCUCCACGGACAGUGCCAGCACCGGCUGCACCACCGGAGAGGGGAGUAACCAGGACAGCACGUUUGAGUGCAACAUCUGCCUGGACACAGCCAAGGACGCGGUCAUCAGUCUCUGUGGACACCUGUUCUGCUGGCCCUGCUUGCAUCAGUGGUUAGAGACCAGGCCAAACAGGCAGGUGUGCCCGGUGUGCAAAGCAGGAAUUAGCCGUGAUAAAGUGAUCCCACUGUAUGGCAGAGGAAGCACAGGACAGCAGGACCCAAGAGAGAGGACCCCUCCAAGACCCCAAGGACAGAGACCUGAACCGGAAAAUCGAGGAGGUUUCCAGGGGUUUGGGUUUGGAGAUGGAGGAUUUCAAAUGUCUUUUGGGAUCGGAGCCUUUCCGUUCGGUAUUUUUGCAACAGCGUUUAACAUCAACGACGGGAGACCACCACCAGCUGUCCCUGGGACGCCACAGUAUAUGGACGAGCAGUUCCUGUCCCGGCUCUUCCUGUUCGUGGCCCUGGUGAUCAUGUUCUGGCUGCUCAUUGCGUAGGAGGGCCUGGAGAUGUACGGACAAGGACUUUGCACGUAAUGUGGACGUCUUUUCACUUUCCGGAAGCAAAACAAGGAAAAACUGUGAAAGAAAAAAACAUUCUGUGGUCCUUU